UCAAAUGCAAAGAAGUCUGGACAUUUUCCAAGCUUGGGCUGAAAAAUGGCAAGUAAUAUUUGCACCACACAAAUGCCAGGCAGUGACCAUCUCCAAUAAGAAGCAAGCUAACCACAUCCCCUUCUCAUCUACAAGAGCAGAAGAUUCCACUGUGUAGAAAAGAAAACAGAAAUGCUCAACACCACUAAACAUCACCCAAGGAACAAUUGUUGAAACACAUUCACAGCGUUUCCGUUCACAGCAUUGCUCGAUACAAAGAAGGUUGAACAGUGAAACCAUCAUCUGGAAAUCAGUCAGGUCAGGGGAGCUUUGACCUAUCAUCAGGUCUGAAACCCGUCAGUGGUGCGGAGCCUUCCAUCAGAACCAGUCUUUCUGAGUGUUCAUCUAUGGGUGAUUGGUCAAGGUGAAGCUGGGAAGAAGUGUGAGUGUCUCAGAGUGCGGUGAGAGUUUCAUUUAUUCAUUGAACCGCAUAGACCAGUGACUCAUUCCUCAACAGGUGAAAGGCUGCUUGCAUGUGAGCUGAGAGACAGGGCUGUAUAUGCUUGUUGCACAACUGUUCACACCGGGACAGCCACAUGGAAGGGAAACCAUUCAAGUGUGAAGUUUGUGAUAAAGCUUUUGUGGCCUCUUCAACCCUCCUGAGACACCAGAGGAUUCACACAGGAGAGAAACCCUUCAGGUGUAAGGUUUGUAGCAAAGCAUUUAUCCAAUCCUCGGAUCUCCUGAAGCACGAGAGGAUACACACAGGGGAGAAACCAUUUACAUGUGAGGUGUGUGACAAAUCAUUCUCAGACUCAUCGGCCCUCCGCAAACACCAACGUAUUCACACUGGAGAGAAACCAUUUACAUGUGAGGUGUGUGAUAAAUCAUUCUCAGACUUAUCGACCUUCCGCAGACACCAACACAUUCAUGUAGGGGAGAAACUAUUCACAUGUGAGGUGUGUGAUAAAUCAUUCUCAGACUCAUUGGUCCUCCACAAACACCAAUGCAGUCACACAGAGGAGAAACUAUUCAUGUGUGAGGUGUGUGACAAAUUAUUCUCAGACUUAGCAAGUCUAUGUGUACACCAAUGCAUGCACACAGGCAUGAAACCCUUUGUGUGUAAACUAUGUGACAAAUCAUUCCCAGAUGUAGCAGGCAUCUGUAAACACCAAAGACUUCACACCCAGAAGAAACCAUUUACAUGCGAAGUGUGUGACAAAUCAUUCUCACAAUUAACAAACCUCCGUGCACACCGACACAUUCACACUGGAGAGAAACCAUUUACAUGUGAGAUGUGUGACAAAUCAUUUUCGCAGUCAUCGACCCUCCGUGUCCACCGACACAUUCAUACCGGGGAGAAACCGUUCACAUGUGAGGUGUGUCACAAAUCAUUUUCGCAGUCAUCAACCCUCCGUGUCCACCGACACAUUCACACUGGGGAGAAACCCUUCACAUGUGAGAUAUGUGGAAAAUCAUUCUCACAGUUAACAAACCUCCAAACACACCAACGCGUUCACACUGGAGAGAAACCAUUCAAAUGCGAAGUGUGUGACAAAUCAUUCUCACAGUCAUCAAUCCUCCACGCACAUCGACACAUUCACACUGGAGAGAAACCAUUCACAUGCAAAGUGUGUGAUAAAGCAUUCUCACAUUUAACAAACCUCCAUGCCCAUGAACGCAUUCACACUGGAGAAAAACCAUUCAAAUGCAAGAUGUGUGACAAAUCAUUCUCACAUUUGACGAACUUACACACACAUCAGCGUAUUCACACUGGUGAGAAACCAUUCAUGUGCAAGGUGUGUGACAAAUCAUUCUCACAAUCAUCAAUACUCCGCAUACAUCAACAUAUUCACACCGGGGAGAAACCAUUCACGUGUGAGGUAUGUGACAAAUCAUUUUCACAUUUAACAAACUUCCGCACACACCAUCGCAUUCACACUGGGGAGAAACCAUUUACGUGUGAAGUGUGUGACAAAUCAUUCUCACAAUCAUCAAUCCUCCGUGUACAUCGACACAUUCACACACAGCAAAAACCAUUCAAGUGUGAUGUGUGUGGCAAAUCAUUCUCAAGAUCAUCCUACCUCCUACUGCAUCAGAGAAUCCACACAGUAAUGUAAACCUUUCAAGUGUGAGGUUUGUGAUAAAGCUUUAGGAAUGUCUUCAAUGUUCCUGACACACCAAAGGAUACCACAGGACACAAACUAUUCAAAUAUGAGAUGUGGAUCUUGCACAUUAAAUUGAUCUUCUUGUCCAUGAAUUCACACAUAGACAGGAGAAAUCCUAUUGGUGUUACUUCUGUAAUUAGGCCUCACAGUCUCCAGGAACAUCAACAAAAACCACAUAAAAACUGCCAAUCUGACUCCAAGAUUUGGACCAAAUCUGAGACAUCUGACUGACAGAUCAAGCAAACUGCACGAGGAGCAACUCUCUAAAUACUACAGUGAUGAAACAAUGGACUGAAUCCAACAAGUACACAUCUAUUACUAUAAGAACAUUGGACAGAGAUGAAGUGAUCACCCAAAAUGGCAUCUUGUAUAAAGGGAGCAGGAUCAUUAACACACUCCCAAGAAAAGAGAUGCUGAAGCACAUCCCACACAAACCAUCAAGGAAUUGAGUCUAGUCUGAGGAAGCUAAACAAAGUGCUUAUGUUUGGCCAGAUA